AUGCCGCAUAUUCAGGAAAGCAGGGUCUGGUGCAGGUCCAUCAGCCAGCUCUCCCAUCUCGCUGAACAAUUUGUCACUGAGAAUGGAACUGAAAGCACGGACAUGAAACUGUUGCUCCAGCAGUGCGUUGACACGUUGUCUAACUAUCAGGAUGAGUGCAAAAAGAUCAAAAGCGUGUCGAAGCCGGUGCCCUCUAAGGAACUGUAUGACUUAUACGAAACAGCAUAUGUUUACUUCAAGAUCGUAUCGCUGAUCGUCUUGAACAAGAUCCCGAAGCUCGAGGAGUACGCGCGCGCGAAGAGCGAUGCUGUAGACCGCACGGGCAAGCAGCUGCUAGAGAUAUACAACAUGUUGGUGAACCGCCUAGUCAAGGAUGAUCGGAUCGCAGAGAUCAAGAGGUUUGUGAAGGAGAACUCGCGGCGGGACCCGGAGGCGAAGAACGAGCAGAUCGGUGUGGAGAGUGGCAAGAGCAUUCCGGCUACGCUUCUCCGCAACCUGCUCAUGGGCCCAUCCGCCUCUGGAACUGUCUUGCUUGUGGACGUUCGGCCCCGCCUUGACUUUAUGCGUUGCCAUAUCAAAUCGUCGUCUAUUAUCUGCAUAGAGCCCGUCUCGUUCAAGGAAUCGUAUACAGAUAUCGAUCUUGGAAAGAAAUCGAUGAUUACCAGUCCUGAUGCCGAGAUCGCUUUGUUUCAGGAUCGCGACAAGUUCGACUAUAUUGUGGUUUACACGCAAGACAGUGAAAAGAACAAACACAACGUGCAGCAGCAGCAACUUCUAGUUGACUUAUUGAUAAACCGUUCCUUUGAGAAGGCGCUUGACAGGACGAAGGUCUUCAUUUUGGCUGGCGGGUUUUCUGAGUGGUCUAAUGCGCACCCGGACUUCUGUGUAUCUUCACAGGGAGACAGCGUUUACCUAAACGGAGAUACCUCUGGCCUCAGCUUGCAGUUAAUGCCACAGACUACUCCUCAAAAACAGUAUAAUAAUAUGUUCCAAACGAUGCUAUCCGGACCGACUGACGUACACGGCAUAAUAAGGAACCCGCAUAAUUUUCCCACGCAGCAAAAAUCAAAACUAAAGAGAGUUCCUAGCUUUAGGGAUUACUUCCGAAGCUCCUCAUCGUCGUCUAAUAUAAACGAAAGACCCGGCAGUGUCCCUCCACAGCUUUCAAAUGGUUCCACGAUUUACCCUGAAACGCCUAAAUUGAUGACAAAUGAUGAGUAUAUGAAAUCUUUACCGCAAUUAUCUCCAAUUACUGCACGGGCUAUAACUUCUCCAUCGAGGGCUCUUUCCGCGGUUGGAGUAUCAAAAUCUUCAGCUUCGAAUAGUAUCUCAAGUCUUUUGGCGAAUAGUGGAUCAGCCAGCCCAAUGAAGCCACCAGACACACCGCUACCUUUCACGGAUUCCAUAAAGACCCUUGGGCAGCAGAAUCUUACGGUGGCGGUAUCGAAUCUAAAUUUCAGUGUUGGGUUGGUCAAUUGUGGAAACUCAUGCUAUAUGAGUUGCAUCAUCCAAUGUCUUCUUGGAACGCAAGAACUAUGCACGAUGUUUUUGAAUAAUUCAUAUCAGAACCACAUUAAUUUGAACAGCAGACUCGGCUCUAAAGGUUUAUUGGCAAGAUAUUUUUCGCAGCUCAUUCACCAAAUGUAUCAAUAUGGCAAGGAUAUCAGGAAGAAGAUGGGUAACGAGAAGACGGCUGUAAUCCCAACACAGUUCAAGAUUGCAUGCGGAUCUAUAAACUCCUCGUUCAAAGAUAACACACAACAGGACUGCCAAGAAUUUUGCCAAUUCCUAUUGGAUGGCCUACAUGAAGACCUAAACCAAUGUGGUAACAAUCCUCCUUUGAAAGAGCUUUCAGAAGAGGCUGAGAAAAUGAGGGAAAUGAUGCCCAUGCGACUGGCUUCCGCAAUUGAGUGGGAGCGUUACUUGACGACAGAUUUCAGUGUCAUUGUAGAUCUCUUCCAAGGCCAGUACGCGUCUCAGUUGCAAUGUAAAGUGUGCCAGAGGACCUCAACUACGUAUCAACCGUUUUCAGUCCUUUCCGUUCCAGUGCCUAGCACAAGGACAUGUACACUUACCGACUGUUUCACUGAAUUUACCAAAAUCGAAACUUUGGAGCAGGAGGAGCAGUGGUCUUGUCCUUCCUGUAAAAAAAGACAACCUUCCACUAAAAAGAUCACCAUUACGAGGUUACCUCGUAAUUUAAUUAUUCAUCUCAAACGGUUCGAUAAUAUGCUAAACAAAAACAAUGUUUUUGUAUCCUACCCUAGUGUACUGGACUUGACUGCAUUCUGGGCCAAUGAUUAUGACAAAAAAGUCACGAACAAUAACGUAGAGCUACCUUCGAGAGGGCAAGUUCCACCUUUUAACUACCAACUAUACGGGAUAGCUUGCCACGAUGGAACCCUACGUGCUGGCCACUACACAGCGUAUGUUAACAAAGGAGCUGUACUUGGCUGGUGUUACUACGAUGAUACAAACUGGCGGCAAAUCAGAAGCGCAAGGGAGUAUAUUACCCAAAACGCAUACGUAUUAUUUUACCAUCGUAUACACAGUACAUGA